AUGGACGCGGAGCCGGCAGCUCCGGCAGGAGGCCCGGCGGAGGCCACGAGCUCGGAGGCCGGACGGCGGCUCGCGCGGGUCACGCCGUGGCUGCUCCUGGGCUCCGCGCGCGCCGCCGCGGACGCGGAGGUGCUGGCGCGCGAGCGCGUCACGUUCUGCGUCAACGUGACCCGGCAGCAGCCGUGCCCGCGCGCGCCCGGCGUGCGCACGCUGCGCGUGCCCAUCUUCGACGACCCGGCCGAGGACCUGCUGACGCACCUGGAGCCCUGCUGCGCCGCCCUGGAGGCGGCCGCGCGCGCCGGCGGCACGUGCCUCGUGUACUGCAAGAACGGCCGCAGCCGCUCCGCCGCAGUGUGCACCGCCUAUCUCAUGCGGCACGGCGGCCUCAGCCUGGAGCAGGCCUUCCAGGUGGUGAAGAAGGCCCGGCCCGUGGCCGAGCCCAACCCGGGCUUCUGGGCUCAGCUGCAGAAGUACGAGGACACCCUCCAGAAACGACCCCCCGGGACGAACACCCCCCAAGCCGCAGCCGGAGACCGUCCUUAGCGUGGCCUGUUCUCCCACCCGGGACCGUGACCGUGGGACGAACCUGGAGCAGAGCCCGGGGGGGAGGGAGGAGCCAGAGCCAUCCCCAGGGUUCGAAGGGGUACCCUGGAGCAGAAGUGUGACUUAACCGAAGUGUUGAGGACUGCCGAGGGUACGAGAUCGGAACCGAGAGCUGAAGGCAGAAGUCCUGGUCGUGAACCCAGGCUCUGGCCCCAGCUGCUUGGUGGAACCUGGGGGGAAACUCUCUCUGCCUCAGUUUCUGUAUCUGUACAAUGAAGGGAGGAACCAAAUGGCCAUUCCCUCCAAGUUCGAGACUCUCCACUUGGACUGCUUUCUGGAAUCCCAAGGCAGGGGUGGAGAGGCAGGGUUGGGAGGAAUCCCAUAGGGUCUUAAAAAACAAAAUCAGACCUGUGAUCUCUACAGAAUAGGGAGCCUCCUGGAAGAAUGCCGCAGCAUCUUCUCAAUCUGAGAAAGUUGCCUGGGGCACUGAGAAAUUUGGUGACUUGCCCAGGGUCACACAGCCUGUAAGUGUCAGAAACAGAACCCAGGUCUUCCCAACUUGGAGCCAUCAGGCCAUCUUACUCUCCAUUACCUACCAGCUACCAGCCUUUCUGCUUGAUGGAGGAAUCUGGCCAUUGGCUCUCCAACUCUGAGUCUGGCUUCUCAUCUAUUAUCCAAACAGACCAGAGCUGCAUUGGUGUUUAACCCUUAACAAGCUGGGUGAUCCUCAGCAAGUGGGCACUUCCUGCAUGGUUAGCGGUUUGUUAUUAUACACUCGAAUAUGUGUCCUCUGUGCCACAUUGCAAAUG